GGGAAAGGGAGGAGGGGCGAUUUUGGCAACAGAGGUAAUUAAGGAGAGGGUGCUUGAUUUUGGCGAUUUUGGUGACGCAAGUAAGGCGACCGAUUUUGAUGUUGGUGGUUUAUGGGGUCGGGGCAGUUUGUGUGGGAGGUUUUGGGGGUCGGCGGUGGGUCAGGUGGGUAGCUAAAGGGCCGAUCGGCCGAUUUUUGGUGGUUAAGGUGGUGACUAGACGUUUUUCGGUGAGAUAGGGGGGGCUAAGUUACGGUUUGGCGGUGGUGGGGGUGGCUGGGAAAAAUUUGGGUUUUUUUUUCAAUUUUUUUUUGUUUUUAAAAUUUUAUUUAAUUUUUUUUUUUUAAUUUUUAUGAAUUAUGAUAAAUGGUCUAAUCAUAUCAUGACAUGUGUCAUGAUUAAACCCUAAUGACUAACGUAGUUAACGGCUGUUGGUCAUUAAUGUCACUCGGUGAGUUUUUAAAAAACUGGGUGGCAUUUGGUGAAUUCUGAAAAGUCCGAUGACAUUUGGUGAAUUUUUAAAUUCCCAGUGGCAUUUAGUGAAAUAGCCGUAAUUUUUAUUUAGUAAAAAUAAUUUAAAUUUAAUAAGGUGAUAAGAAGCCCUAAUUGUAGUGUGAGUUUUUUUUUUUUUUUUUUUUUUUUAAAAUAAAAAUAACCGGAUGAAUGUAGCUACUACCUGACUACCAACUCCUCAUACUCCUCUCUCUCUCAGCGUUCUCCAUUGAAGCGCACUCAACGUUUCUCCAUUGAAGCACUUUCUGAUAGUUGUACCCUCACUGAAGCAGCUUCUAAGGGUAGAGAGACCCGAAAGUCAUGCGAGGAUCAGCUACGUGGUUAACGCUAAACUUGUGUAUUCUUAUAUCAGUAUGUGGCAUUUUCAUUGGGAAAACUCUUGCAGAAAGCGUUACUCCAAAUGAAGCUAGGCAGCUCAGAGAUGAGGUUGAAGAGAUGUUCUUCCAUGCAUUUAAUGGAUAUAUGAAGCAUGCUUUUCCACGAGAUGAGUUAAAACCCAUGUCUUGUGGCGGGGAAGAUACUUUUGGUGGUUAUGCCCUAACAUUGGUUGACUCCCUUGACACAUUGGCUUUGCUUGGUGAUAAAGAGCGUUUUGCUUUUUCUGUUGAAUGGCUUGGGAAUAACCUUCGAUUUGACAUUAAUAAAACAGUAUCAGUUUUUGAAACAACUAUACGAGUUCUUGGAGGUUUGUUAUCUGCCCACCUUAUUGCAAGUGAUUAUGCUACGGGCAUGAGAAUCCCAUCAUAUGAAAAUCAAUUACUUCAUUUAGCCGAGGAUCUUGCUUACAGAUUGCUGCCUGCCUUUGACACGCCUACAGGGAUUCCAUUUGGUUCUGUGAAUUUAUUGGAUGGAGUAGAUGAGAAUGAAAGUAAGAUAACGUCAACAGCUGGUGGUGGGACUUUGACCUUGGAAUUUGGUAUUUUAAGCCGCCUAACAAAUAAUCCUGUUUUUGAGCAAGUCACAAAAAAUGCUGUCCGUGGAUUAUGGGCUUGUCGUUCGAAGCUUAAUUUAGUAGGUGCACACAUAAAUGUCUUUACAGGUGAAUGGACACAAAAGGAUGCUGGAAUUGGAACAAGUAUUGACUCAUAUUAUGAAUAUCUUCUAAAGGCUUUUUUACUGUUUGGGGAUGAAGAAUAUCUUUACAUGUUUCAAGAGGCUUAUGGAGCUGUAAUGCACUAUCUCUUCACUGAUCCCUGGUAUGUAGAAGUAAAUAUGGAUUCUGCAGCUAUUGUAUGGCCAUUAUUCAACAGUUUACAAGCAUUCUGGCCUGGCUUGCAGGUUUUAGCUGGAGAUGUUGAUCCUGCUAUUCGUACACAUGCUGCCUUCUACAGUGUUUGGAAAAGAUAUGGAUUCACCCCUGAGGGCUUUAAUCUGGCUACUCUAAAUGUUCAGCAAGGUCAGAAAAGCUAUCCACUGCGUCCAGAAUUAGCCGAGAGUACUUAUUGGCUCUACAAAGCUACCAGAGAUACCAGGUAUCUGGAUGUAGGACGUGACAUUGUUUCCAGCUUGCAAUAUGGGGCCCGAUGUCCUUGUGGAUAUUGUCAUAUAACAGAUGUUGAGAAUCACAAGCAAGAAGAUCACAUGGAGAGCUUUUUCCUAGCUGAAACUGUUAAAUAUCUGUGGCUGCUAUUUGAUUUGGCAGUGGGUGCUGAUAAUCUUGUUGAAAGCGGACCUUACAAUUAUAUAUUCAGUACUGAAGGCCACCUGCUACCUGCAACCCCUCAAAUAUCCCUAGUACGUGAACAUUGUUCAUAUUAUGGUGCCUACUGUAGGAGCCAUAAUAGCAGCUUGAGGCAAGAACUACACUCUUCUGAUAUCUCCAGGAAAUCCCAAGAAGCAAAUGGUAGUGGAGUUCACCAUAGAGGUUGGGGGCCCAAUGAAUUGUUAUCUGCCUUACCUGUUAGGACGACAAGUUCCAGCUCAGGGUUGGUGAAGGGGUUUUGUCGAGGACUGAAUCAUGGACAAAAGAUCGGGGUAUCAUUUGUUAAGCCUCAAUUUAAGGCUCAGGAAGUUUUCUCUGUAGAUAAUAGGGUAGCUAACACAGCUUCUUCUAAGAGCAACAUAGUGGUUUCAAGCCCUGCAUACACCGAAAAUAAUGGGUCUCUUGAAGAAUCAAGCAAAUCUGAGAUGGGAAAUCAGAGUCCCCAACAAUAACAGCUGGUGGGACAGUAUACCAUUGCAUUAAGUUAUAUAGAGGUCUGAGCAUCGUGACGUUGAGCAGCUUUCAUUACUAGUGAUUAUUUGUAAUGUAAAUUAUUCUCCGCGUUUUAUUUUUGCAAAGUGUUCAAUUGUAUAUACCAGAAAGGAAAUUUUGAUACUUAGAGUAAAUUGAAUUCUAUGUAUAGUCGAAGAUUUGCAUCAAUUCAGACAGUCUCCAUCUUAUAGAAUUGACAUUUUGGUGAAGUGAUUGUUGGUUAAAAGAUCCCUAUGUGCAGAAAGUUAUGAAUGGCAAGGCUGUAGAGA